AUGUCCACCUCUAAGCCUACGGGCGCCUCACAGUCCACUAACAGUGGCUCUGGCGGUCAAUCUCAACCUCUCUCCAAGGAGACUCCGAAAUUCCCGCGCAGCGACCCUAGCAAAUACAAUCAGCCUCUUGGUCCAGGCAAGUUUGUCAAUACGGCUGGCUGUCUCAUCAUCGGCGACGAGGUGCUCAAUGGCAAGACGAAGGACUCCAACUCGAACUAUCUCGCGAAGUGGUGCUUCGAUCUUGGGAUCGAGCUCAAGAGAAUUGAGGUCAUUGCGGACGACGAGCAGGAGAUUGGCGAAGCCGUCACCCGUUUUGCGAAGAACUACGACUUUGUAGUCACUUCAGGGGGCAUCGGCCCCACGCCGGACGACAUCACGUACGAGUCGCAAGGCAAAGCUUUCAAUUGCCUGCCCCUCGAGUACCAUGACGAGACGCUGCGCCGUAUGGAAGCCCAUCAGAAGACUCGCAGCUACUCGCACGAGCAGACGGAGGAGAUGCUGACUGCGAGGAAGAGGAUGGCCCUCUUCCCCUCUGGCGGUGAUCAGGGUGGGGUAGACGUCAUCUUCCCUUGUGAGGAGUUGUGGGUGCCGGUGGUGAGGAUGCAGGGGAGGGUGCACAUUCUACCGGGCGUCCCGCGCCUUUUCGAAGCCCUCCUCAAUGGCCUGGAGGCAUACGUCCCACUCGAUCCUAACAAGCCCAAGCCCCACCGUAUCCUGGUCCACACCAAGAUGCCCGAAUCCUCCAUUUCUCCCUUCCUGCAACGCCUGACAGACAAGUGCAAGCCCCUCGACAUCAAGGUGGGCUCGUACCCCAAGUUUGGCUCUGGAGUAGAUGUCUCUGUCAUCGGCUUUGAUGUGGCCAAGCUGGAGGAGAUUGCCAAGGAAGUCGAGAAGGAGGUCGACGGGAAGGUCGUGGCUAGCGAGCAGUUGGGCAAGAAGUAG